UCACGUCUCUUCCCCAACUGCCCCAGCGCCAAGAGCACGAAGAAGCAAAGGGGAACGAGAAAUUCGAGUUGAAGAGAACGAAUUAGGGUUUCUGAGUUGAGGAUAUCCAUUCGAGAGCCAUGAGUAAACAACCAUUGAUAUAUAGCUUUGUUGCGAAGGGCACUGUUGUUCUUGCAGAACACACUUCGUUUUCUGGAAAUUUCAGUACGAUUGCAGUCCAGUGUCUGCAGAGGCUCCCUCCAAACAGUAACAAGUACACAUAUUCUUGUGAUGGCCAUACGUUUAACUUCCUGCUCGAUAGAGGUUUUGUUUUCCUUGUCGUUGCUGAUGAAGCAGUUGGUAGGAGUGUACCAUUUGUGUUUCUUGAAAGGGUCAGAGAUGACUUUAUGAAACGCUAUGGGUCAAGUAUUAGUGUUGAGGAUCAGCACCCACUAGCUGACGAUGAGGAUGAUGAUCUAUUUGAAGAUAGGUUUAGUAUUGCCUAUCAGCUUGAUCGCGGAUUUGGCCCUGUAUUGAGGGAGCAUAUGCAAUAUUGCAUAAGUCAUCCUGAAGAAAUGGGCAAGCUGUCGAAACUGAAAGCUCAAAUUACGGAGGUUAAAGGAGUAAUGAUGGAAAAUAUUGAGAAGGUUCUUGAUAGGGGUGAAAAAAUUGAACUUUUGGUCGAUAAGACUGAGAACUUGCAGUUUCAGGCUGACAGCUUUCAGAGGCAAGGUAGGCAACUUCGACGUAAGAUGUGGCUCGACAACCUCAAAUUCAAGCUUAUGGUAGGAGGUGGUUUGGCGGCACUCAUUCUCAUCAUAUGGCUGAUGGCCUGCAGAGGUUUCAAGUGCUAGAUGAGCUCAGGACAACUGAAUAUCUGUGCCUACUCUGUAAAGUUUAUGAUACCCUGCUUAUAUGUAACCUUGUUAUGCAUGGAGAGCAAACUUGGUUGGUUUUAAAUAACUAUUGCAGUAAUGCUAUCUCUUGCAGUUACAGUCCCA